AUGGAUAUGAACACUCUCAACAUAUCAGCAACGGUGAAUCUAUUCCGUCUUCUUGCAAGACCGACGCUGGUUUUACCUCAAGCAACGGUUUCCACUUUUAACCACCUACCGAUACCUCUCAACUCAGCCUUUGGGAGAUAUAAAAAUGUUGAUAUUAGGGCUGUAGUGUUGGACAAAGAUAAUUGUUUCGCAUAUCCUAAGUCCAAUGAUAUACACGAGCCUUACAAUGACAAUUUCAAAAGGCUUCGGGAAGCUUAUCCAGGCCGGCGGCUUCUGAUCGUUUCUAAUACAGCCGGUGCUAAAUCCUUAGAUCGUUCUGGUAAGCUUGCUGCUGAAGUUGAGAAGUCUACAGGCGUUACAGUCUUACCUCACGCUUCUAAGAAGCCCGGCUGCGGUCCUGAUAUCAUGGAAUACUUCUCAAAAUAUCCCGAGACCGGAGUCACAAGACCCGAUCAAAUAGCAGUUGUCGGUGAUAGACUGACCACUGAUGUCAUGAUGGCAAAUCUGAUGGGCAGUUAUUCCGUAUGGAUCAAAGACGGAGUUGUCCCGGCGGAUGAAACGAGUGUGUUUGCAAGGUUAGAGCAAAAGUUCGCUGGAUUUCUGGUUCGACGCGGUUACGAGGCGCCAGAACUAGCAAGUCUGUACGAGAAGUAG